UUCUUUGGCCCAGGGAAGCUAAGGGCUAGCACGGUCAAGAUCAACUCACACACUGAGCAGAUGCAGAGACGGUCCGGUAUUGAAGAUGCCCAUCAAUCAUGACAACCAUCCGACUACGAGAAUUUGUAGAGCGUCGUCCAAUGCUUCCACCUAGGCUAUAUAUCACUCACCAAGGAAGGGACGUCAAAGGCUGGACAACUGGGCAACUGGCAAGACUCCAUUUUGAUUACAGUGUGAAGAAGGCUCCAAGACCCCUCAUAGACUUGGCAAUUCCACCUAGGAGCAAAAUUCCGUACGUGCCGCAAUUAGACCAGCAAACGCUCUUUCGAUACAUCUGUUAUAGAAGAUGGUCAAGGCCUACGGACAAGUGGCAUAAUGAGACAACUUAUGAAAGAAGCUACUCCCUGCCGUUCUAUGAGCUCGGGAAAAUGUUUGGGAAAUCAAGAUCUACCUUGAGAACGUGUCAUCUGUUGGAGGGGAUAGCUUGUGAGGUGCAGUACACUGCUUGUCUGCGACACCACCACAUAAACGGUGAAAUAAAAAUGAUAGACGGAGAAGCUCUGUGAUAUGCUAUGUGUCCGCAAGCUCCCCUGAAGGCUGUGGGGUUCCAGUCCUAGUCCAAAGUUCCUUGAACUUGCAUGGCGAGUGCCAGUGUGUUAAGUCCUGGUCCGAGUCUGAAGGCCUGGUUCAGUCCAAAUGAGUUUCCUGAACUUAAAUACUUAGUCCCUCAUUGGUGGCCCUGUUUG